UGGAGUGCUUUUCUCCUUCCUUCCUUCUUUGAUUCGGGACCUCAGUAAGAAGGCAAUACUACGUGACAAGUUCUUUUCUCUCGAAUAGGGCUGUUAUUUCCCUCCGCUUUGGCUCUGGUGCGUUGCGCGUCUGUUUACUUAUACGGAAAUGUCCUCUUGGAUGCGCUUUGCACGCAUCCAAACAGGACAGACAACUUUUGGGAGUAUGCGCUAAAUUCCACGCAGCAACUUCCUGCGGGGGACUUUUCGCAGCUUGGGAGGGAGAGAGGGGGGGAGGGUUGGCUUGCUGCUGAUGCAACAUGGCUCCACAGCCCAUUCUCCAGGCCAUCAUUGACUUCACCGCAGGAGCAGCAGGCGGCACGGCUUGCGUCGUGAGCGGCCAGCCGCUGGACACCACCAAGGUGAAGAUGCAGACCUUCCCCAGCAUGUACCGAGGAUUCGCUCACUGCUUGGUGUCCACCUUCAGGCAAGAAGGAGUGCGCGGCCUCUACAAGGGCACCACCCCGGCACUGCUUGCCAACAUCUGCGAGAACUCGGUGCUCUUUCUGAGCUACGGCUUCUGCCAGGACGCCGUGCGCUCCUUGGCCGGCGUGGACCAGCUCAGUGACGUUCAGAAAGCAUUCUCGGGCUCGCUGGCCUCCAUCUUCUCGUCCAUGGUGCUUUGCCCUUCCGAGCUGGUCAAAUGUCGCCUGCAGGCCAUGCACGAGAUGGAAGCCUCGGGCAAGAUCGCCAGAGGACAGAGAAGAGUUUGGACGGUGGUGAAGUCGGUGAUGGAGACAAACGGUCCGCUGGGGUUCUACCAAGGUCUGACCUCCACCAUGGUGAGGGAGUUCCCGGGCUACUUCUGCUUCUUCGGCGGCUACGAAGUCAGCCGCUCCGCCUUUGCACGCUACAUGGGAACCGACAAGGAGGGCAUCGGCAUUCUGCCGAUCAUGUUCUGCGGCGGUUUCGGCGGCGCCUGUCUUUGGCUGUUGAUCUAUCCCAUGGACUGCGUCAAGUCCAGGAUCCAGGUGUACUCCUUAGCCGGGAGGCAGGAGGGCUUCCUGAAGACCUUUACGGGGAUCUUGCGCAACGAGGGCUUCAGGGCUCUUUACUCGGGCCUCACGCCCACCAUGAUACGCACCUUCCCGGCCAACGGCGCCCUCUUCCUGGCCUACGAGUUCACGCGGAGGUCCCUGAUGGAGGCUGUGGGUGCCUGAGGUGGACCGCGACUUGGGUGGGUGGAGACCUUUUCCAGCAACACAAGACGUUUUGUAAUCCAGGGCAAAAUGCUGCAACACAAGAUUUGGGUGCUACUGCUCCAUCUAGCGAGCUCUGUCAUAACCAUGGACCUUUCCAAAGCUAAUACCACGUGUAUUGGAAUCGAGCAAUCUUCGUGAUUGUGCACAUUCUCAGACUAGGAGUUUUCAAUGCCAAUUGUUGACAUGAACUCAAAUAAGUAAAUAAUAAAACUCCAUUGUGUUCAGUUGCUUUUCA